AUGGAGGGUGGUGAUAAGGUGAGCGAGUUUUUCAGUAAAGUACUCUCAAUUGCUAAUCAGAUGAAGGGUUGUGGCGACAUUGUUACAGAUCUCAUGGUGAUCGAGAAGAUCAUGUGGUCAUUGCCUUCGACAUUUGAUCAUAUUGUGGUGGUAAUAGAGGAGUCGAGAGAUCUUGGAAAACUCAAGAUAGAGGAACUACAAAGCUCUCUGGAGGCAUAUGAAAUGAGGAUGCAGGAAAGAAGUCCCAUCAGACGCGAGGAGCAGACGUUGAAGGUUCAACACAUUAAGAAUGAAGAGAAGAAGACAACCAAUAAAUGGAAAUGGAAACAUGGUAAAGGAAAGUGGAGAAAAGAUAGGAACAAAGAUGACCAGAAUGAAUCUUCAACAGAGGAGGAAGGAAAAUCUGAGAAGAAUUACCGCAAGAAGGACAAGAGAAAUAUUGAGUGUUUUUAUUGCCAUAGGUAUGGGCAUUAUGCUAGUGAGUGCUAUGCUGAAAAGGAGGAGCAGAAUAAGGGUCAAGGAAAGGAGGCCUACGUAGCUCAAGUAGAUUCUGAUUCAGAGCCCAUCAUAUUGAUGACAACUAUAUCUACAGUAAGCUGA